AUGGCCAUGACCGAAUCGCGAAGCGCUGUUUUCCAUCGAAGUCUCCAUUCAGACCCCAUGUCAGUGGUUGGAGCUACUGGAAAUUACCUGCAUCUAUCCGAUGGUGGAAAACUGCUCGAUGCUACAGGAGGAGCGGCUGUGUCAUGUCUUGGGCAUGGCAACAAGCGUGUGAAGGAGGCGAUUAUAAGUCAGUUGGAUGUUGUGUCGUACGUACAUUCUGCAACAUUUGCUACGGAAGCUGCAGAGAAGCUUGCAAAAGAACUCGUCGAUUCAACGGAUGGAGCCAUGUCGAAGGCGUAUAUUGUCAGCUCUGGUUCCGAAGCAAUGGAGGCAGCUAUGAAGCUUGCAAGACAACACUACCUCGAGUCCAAGCCCCCGCAGCCACAAAGAACCAAGUUCAUCGCCAGGCACGAGUCCUAUCAUGGAACGACCCUCGGAGCACUUUCGAUCAGUGGCCACAAGGCACGCCGUGCUCCAUACGAACCCAUGUUGCUCCCAAAUAUGAGUAGGGUCUCUGCCUGCAACGCGUAUCGUGGCAUGAAAAAGAGCGAGACAGAGGCACAAUACGUGGACAGAUUGGCAAAUGAGCUUGAUGAAGAGUUCCAGCGCCUUGGACCGGAAAGUGUGUGCGCCUUCGUUGCCGAACCUGUUGUCGGUGCUACAAUUGGCAAGGGGCUAGGUGGUGGGUAUGCGCCUGUAGCGGGCGUACUGAUCAGUCGCAAGGUUACAGAUACACUCUUUGGAGGCACCGGUGCUUUUACCCAUGGCCAGACAUAUCAAGGUCAUCCUGUCAGUUGCCGAGCGGCGCUGGAAGUACUCAGAGUCAUCCAGGAAGAGAAGCUGGUACAGAAUGUGGCUGCUAUGGGCGAGAAGCUGGAGGAACUUUUGAAGCAGAAAGUUUUGCCAUUGCCUCACGUUGAGAACAGAUUGAGUUUGUCAAAGACAAGACAACCAAAGAGCCGUUCGAUCCGAAAGAGAAUGUCGCAAUGGACAUCCACGANAAAGGGGCUGAGCGAUCCACACAACAUCACGCUCUACCCUGGAAGUGGCACCGUUGACGGCAAGAUCGGAGACCACAUUCUCCUGGCUCCUGCGUACAAUGUGACGGCGGACGUGAUCGAGCUGAUAGUGCAAAAGACUGCGAGAGUGAUUGAGGAGUACUUCCAGAAAGCGUAG